CAUACCAGGAUUUCAGAGUCAAAUUCGCGAGCUCAAAGAUGACUACGCGAAGUUCGAGCUCGGCGACAUGACGCGUCAAUGGCCAACGCUCUCGGCGCGUGAUGAUUGCGGAGGUCCGACCAUUGCUAUCGACCUCGUCGAAUCGAAGUCAACUCUUCCGUCCUCAACGACGAGUUCAUUGCCACCGUCUGGGUCUUAUCCCUCUCACAGCGAGAAAGCCAUGAGCAUGGCUUUCACGUGAUUGCGAUGCGUGUGACGGUGACGGCCAGUGGCGAGUAUUGCUCCGUGGAUUCCAUUUGAGAGCCAAGUGCAUGGGCGACCAGACUUUGGAUGUCACAGUAAGGAUUGAUCAGUUCCGACCAUAACGUUGUUCUGUCGACUCGCCGAUUCUUACGCCUACGAUUCAAGUGAUCAGCAAAGGGGCAUAUCAUUGUGAAGUUGCGUCGUGGGCAAGAACUGAGGCUUAGAGCAAUAGCCAGAAAAGGGAUUGGCAAAGAUCAUGCAAAAUGGUCACCUGCCGCAACUGUCACUUUCAUGUACGAACCAGAGAUCCACAUCAAUGAAGAUUUAAUGGAAACUCUGACGCUUGCAGAGAGACAAGCCUGGGUUGAAAGUAGUCCAACCAAAGUGUUUGACCUUGAUGAAGCUACUGGACAGGGAAACAUACUCAAGAUUCGUAAUCAUGGGAGCACGUGUUUAGGAUUGGAGAAUCUCAAGAAACAAUAAUGUGGCAGUUAUAAGCAUGAUGCAUGAUGUUGUGAGUUGUAGUGGUGAUCAUGAGGCAUACACUUACGAUGAGGAAGUGAUUAAGAAGGCAGAAGCCAUGGGGAAGCCGGGACUUGUAGAGAUCUAUGGCAAAGAAGACAGCUUUAUAUUCACUGUGGAAUCAACAGGUGCAGUUAAAGCUUCUCAGAUGGUACUGAAUGCCAUAGAAGUUUUGAAACAAAAGCUGGAUGCAGUUCGUCUGUCUGAAGAUACUGUAGAAGCUGAUGAUCAGUUUGGUGAACUUGGAGCACUAGCGAGGAGGAUGAUUGAUUAACUUAACUCUUUUUGGUUCAAAUCACUGAUUUUCCAAAGCAUGUAAGCCAAACAUUAAAAUAGAUCUUCUGCCGGUGCUACUAGUUAACCUGUUGAAAAUGUUUACAUGUUUUCCGAUAUUUUCCUUCUAGAACUAUCUAUCGCUAUUCUGGUCGCAUUCGUGAUCUUGUUGGAACUAUGUA